AUGGAUCAUUUCAUGGAACAAGCAUUGGAACAGGCUCGCCAAGCCGAUCAGCUGAAGGAAGUCCCAGUCGGUUGUGUGUUCAUCUAUCGUGACGCGAUUAUAGCCAAAGGGUACAAUCGGGUGAACGAGACAAAAAACGCUACCCGCCACGUUGAGUUUAUCUGCAUCGAUCAGGUGCUCGAUUAUGCUAAAUCGAAAGGGGAAAACCACGAAGACGUGUUCCGGGAGGUAACCGUUGUGGUCACCGUUGAACCGUGCAUAAUGUGCGCGGCUGCACUGAUAAAUCUAAACGUCAAGGAAAUAAUCUACGGCUGCCGCAACGACCGGUUUGGAGGCUGCACCGUAUUGAAUGUUCCGGAACUGCUUAGAACAGAUAUACCCAUUCGGGGCGGCGUACGGGCGGAUGAAGCGAUGGAGCUGUUGAAGAUGUUCUACAAAGGGGAAAACCCAUCCGCACCUGUUCCAAAAUCGAAGGCUCAACGAUGAGUUGUAAUUUUUUUCUUUUAUGUAAAACAAUCAAACCAAAUACCUCUAUUUCUCGUUAUUGUUUAUUAUUAAUCGUACGAUAGCCUGUCAGUUUAGUACUAUAAAUCAGGUCAAGGAACAAUAUCUUAAAGAGAAGUUAUACAGGGGAAGAUUAAUUUAACAACAAUG